AUGCUCGUUUCAAAUUCUUCAAAUAUCGUAGUGAAACUCUCAAUUUUGCUAAAAAUGGAACUGAUAAAAAUUGAAUUAGUUCCUAAAUCGCCACCACCAAAUCAGCCGCCAAUUAGAAAUCUUGAGAAGAGUCAAUUUCCAUCGCUGAAGCCACAGGAAUUGAUGAAAUUCCGUAAAGAAAUCGAAGCAAAUAAUGUACCAAAAGUUUAUGAAAUGAUUUGUACGAAUCCAAGAUACUUAGUGAGUGCUGGUGACACUCCUUCAAGUCUUAGGGAAGGACCUCGCUACAAUGCUCUUCAUGUCGCUGCCAUAAACAAACAUGCUUAA